AUGGACUCCCAGCGUCGGCCGGCGCCGCGGCCCAGGCCGUUGGAAAGCACCACCGUCCUCCUGGAGCCCCCAGGUGUCCCUGGGACACGCACGCCCUCGCCGGGCAACCUCAGCGGCCUUAGUGGCUCGCGCCGGAGCAGCAAGACCUCCGUGGCAUCUUCGACUUCGCAGAAGAGCCCUGCGCAGCAGGGUACCGUUGCAAAGCAGAGCUGCCUGUGCGGCACAACGGUGCUGUUUCCGCCCGGUGUGCUCAGUCGAACAUGCUGGAACUGCGGCCGGCAGCUGGUCGCCGACGGUUUCGGCGCCGGCGCCGAGAUGCCCAGUGCGAAGCUGGAAGUCCGGGUCUCGCCGCAGCUCGCGUCGCAGCCCUUGGUGCCCUCGACGCCUUCUCAGCUCCAGCGGCCACCAGGCUUGCCGCCCACAAUGCCGGAGCUACCACCGACGAAGACCUACAGCAACCAGGCCGAAGCCGCCUCCCAAGGCGGUGGCUUCGCCUUUGGGGCGCUCUUCUUCGUGGUGGGCUUGCUGCUGGCCUCCUUGCUGGCCAAUGCAGCCAUGUACCAAAACUGGUUCGGCACAGGCGGCGUCCAGGCGCCCAGCGCCGAGCACACGGCUCCGAUUCCGCAGUUCGAUCGGAGCCACUUGGACGACACCCGUGGCGUGGACACUGAUGGGGAUGGGGUCCCAGACCAUCAUGACUUCUGCCCGGGCAAGAAGAAGGAGGGCGGCCAGUCACGCUGGAUCUCCGGUCGGGCCUCCGACUUUGAUGGGGAUGGAUGCGAGGACGGGGUCGAGGACCAGGACCGGGACAACGACGGAAUCGAGGACAAGAUGGACAGGUGUCCUUUCUCCCCUCAGCAGUACAACUUCGUGUCAAACUCUCUCAAUGACUUUGACGGCGACGGCUGCAAAGAUGGUGUUGAGGAUCAAGAUGACGACGGCGACGGCGUUGCCAAUGACGAGGACGAAUGCAAGAGGCGAGCUGCAUGA